GUUUAGUGUUUCGCUAGCCGGUACUGUUAUAUUUUUAAACCAUUGAGAAUCGUGCACCGACCGCGGUUUUGGCUCAGUAGCUCAGUACUACUGUUCGCUUCUUCCAUCAUUUAAACAACCGUCUACAGAGAACAUACGCCAUGGCCGAUAAAGAGAAGGUAAAGAAGAAGAAGGUAAAGAAGGAAGAAGCGAAAGAAGCGCCCGCAGAAGAAGCCCCAGCUCCAGUAGCCGCACCCGAACCCGAAGCACCGCCAUCUCAUUCCAGCACGAAACACAGCAGUCGCAAGAGCUCAUCAAAAAAAGUCCGCAGGUCCGGCAGUAAUGUGUUCUCUAUGUUCACCACCCAACAAGUGGCCGAAUUCAAAGAGGGUUUCGGAAUGAUGGAUUGGGAUAAAGACGGUAUUUUGGGCAAAGAGGACUUGAGAGCCACCUGGGACAAAGUCGGCAAGUUGGUGACUGACCCCGAAUUGGACGCCAUGUUGGGCGAGGCGUCGGGCCCGAUCAACUUCACCCAGCUGUUGACUCUGUUCGCAGCUAGGAUGUCCGACGGUGGUCAAACCGACGACGACGAGACCGUCAUCGCUGCCAUCAAAUCGUUCGACGAAAAUGGCAAAAUCGACAGCGAAAAACUGAGAUACGGUCUGUUAAACUGGGGAGACAAGUUCAGCCCGAAAGAAGUUUCUGACGCCUUCGACAACAUGGAAAUCGACAGACAGGGUUUGAUCGAUACCGAAGACCUCAUCUCCAUGGUGCUGGGAUCUGGAGACGACGAAUAAUACAUCGUGUAUUUAAACUAAGCAAUCAAUAACCAGAUUUUGUAAUAAUAUUUAUUUCCCCUAAUUGUACACAACUCGUAUCGAAUGUUGUUAUUAGAUAAACAAUGCGUGAUUUGAUGAAAGAUAUAUUAUCGAAAUAAAAAGGAAACCUUCACUUAA